CUGUGGAUCUGUGGAUGAGGAGAAUAUUCUGAAAGGACACAGGGGGACGGAGCUGCAGCAGUCGCAGCAGCAGCAGCCGCGCCUGCACCAUUUACUUUGGAUUUAAUUUCAGUUUGUUUUGUCUAUCUGUACUUUAGACAACUUCCUGACGGCUUGGGAUGCAUCCUCUUUGUUGCUGAACAAAAUGCUGACUCCAUGCUGAGAGUCAGAAAAUGAACGCCUCUUCUUGCUGUGAUCCUCCAGUCAUCAUGUAUCAGCAAAGUUCAGGAUCUGACCUCAAUGCCAGCUGCGACCUGCUGGCUUCUAACUGCAGCUGGACAGCCGUGGACAGGACCCCACAGCUCCCUACUUUUUCCACAGCGGCAAAAGUCAGAGUGAUCGUUACCUUCAUCCUGUGUGGCAUUUCCAGCCUCUGCAAUCUGGCCGUGCUUUGGGCAGCCAGCGGCCACAGGCGUAAAUCUCACGUCCGCGUGCUGAUCGUGAACUUGACCGCAGCAGAUCUCCUGGUCACUUUGAUUGUGAUGCCGGUGGAUGCUGCGUGGAACAUCACCGUUCAGUGGCUGGCCGGAGACCUGGCCUGCAGGUUCCUGAUGUUCCUCAAGCUGCUGGCCAUGUACUCCUGUGCUUUUGUUACGGUGGUGAUCAGUCUGGACAGACAGUCGGCCAUCCUCAACCCUCUGCUGAUAAGCAUGGCUCCGAAGAGGAAUAGGAUCAUGCUUAUGAUGGCGUGGACAAUGAGCGCCUUGCUCUCAGUCCCUCAGAUGUUCAUUUUCCAUAAUGUGACCAUCACUUAUCCAGCAAACUUCACUCAGUGCACCACUAGGGGAAGCUUCAACACUCACUGGCAGGAAACCGCCUACAACAUGUUCACCUUCUCCUGGCUCUUCCUGCUGCCAUUGGCCAUUAUGAUCAUCUGUUACACCAGGAUCUUCAUCCACAUCUCCAAGCAGAUGAUAAAGAAGAACGAGUCUUCUGAUGAACCACAUCUCCGUUGCUCGAAGAACAACAUCCCAAAAGCUCGAAUGAAAACCCUCAAGAUGAGCAUCGUCAUUGUGGUCUCCUUCAUAGUGUGCUGGACUCCGUACUACCUGUUGGGACUUUGGUACUGGUUCUUCCCUGACGACCUGGAGGGAAAAGUCUCGCACUCCCUCACCCACAUCCUGUUUAUCUUUGGGCUCUUCAACACCUGCCUCGACCCCAUCAUCUACGGUCUGUUCACCGUACGCUUCAACAGAAGACAGAGGAACGACUACAGCAGGGCCACUAUAAUGUCUGGGUUGGACGCCAACAAGGUGACAGGGGAGUCCGUGAAAUAUGCUCUAGCCGCUCUACCCUCUAAAGGAGGGUCUGCAGAGGGUGAACAGGACAGCAAAUCUGGGCAAAGUGAGCAGAAAUCCACUAACAGCAGACUCUGAAUGCAUUCAGCCAUUAUGGACACGGACAAGUGUUAUGUCGUCACCAAAAGCAAUAUGUGAAGAGAAAUAAACACCAACAAGCAAGACAACAGAUUGAAUAUGUCUUGUUGUAACAGUUACAGAUAUUUCUCCCUCAUUUUAACUGGACUUAUUUCUUUCACUCACAUCCAAUAUGCAUGUGUAAAUGUAUCUAUUUCACACGUAUGCAGAUUUCUGUUCAUAAGUGCUGCUUUGAGUGGUGAACCACUAGAAGGUUGAUAAUAUUUGACAGGUUCUCUCUGCAUAUUCUCCAUGCAUACUGUCUGAAAAUAGCUUCAGUAUUGGGUCAUUGCUAGAUACGGGAGACUUUUUGUAUUUAGUCAACGGUCCAUACAGUUUCUACAGGUCGUAAAAGUGCUUAAAGGACUGCCUGCCUCAGAUUAUUAGAUGAUCAAAAUUGAGUGCUUUGAAAAAGUAUUCACACUUUCUCCACACCUUGAUAAUUUGCAAUGUGUAUUUUGUCAAGAUUUUUUGUUCAUAGGCCAACACUUGGUGCAGCAUAAUUGUAAAAUGAGAGACUUUUAAAAAUAUUUUUUAUAAAUAAUAACAUGGAAACUCGAUUGGUCAUAUGUAUUGAGUCCAAAUUGAAUGCUCUGUUUAACUUCUUUUUGU